AUGACGCCGGCUCCUGUCCACAGCCAUACUGCUGACCAGGCUGCCCACGAGGGCACAGACAAAGCGGCAAAGAAGGCGCGGGCCUGGGGGUGGGGUCUGGAGUUACUCCACAAAGUCAUUGAUGGCAUUUGUGGCCAGGCUCCUCCUCUCUAUCAAGAUUACCAGAAUGUCUGGGAUUCAGCAGAGUGGACAGAUGUUCUAGAAGAUAUCACCAAAUUUUUCAAAGAUGCAGUUGGCAGAAAUUUAUCUGAUGAAGAGAUAUUUCAGCAGUUGAAUCAGUUGAAUUCAUCUCAUCAAGAAACUGUCAUGAAAUGCUUGAAAAGUAGAAAAAAUCAUAUCAAACAGACUCUGUUAGAAGAAAUAGUUAAUAUUUCUUCUGCGCAGCUAAAGGAUUUUGAUUGGCAGUUGAAGCUAGCUCUUUCUAGUGACAAGAUUGCGACACUGCAAAUGCCACUUUUAAACCUUCAUCUUGAUGUUAGAGAAAAUGGUGAAGUCAAACCGUAUUCUGUUGAAAUGAGUAAAGAAGAGUUGCAGAACCUAAUUGAUUCCUUGGAAGCCGCUAAUAAGGUUCUCCAGCCUUUGAAAUAACUGGAAAUGAGAUCCAGCACCAGCAGAUUCCACUGCUACAACUACAUACAGAGUGAUCCUCAGAAAACCUGCGGAAUUUUGUCUUUUAUAUCAAGCUGGGGAGAGCAAUGUUGAGAUUACAAAGAUCAAAGAUAAAAAAAAAUAAUCUUUUCUGAAGAACAGGAAAUUACAUAGGAAAUGCAUUAAAAAAAUGAGAGAAGAAAAAGCUAUAAUAGCAGUUUAUAUUUUCAGGGUGACCGUUGCCUCAUUAAAUAUUUCAGAAAUCCUUAUAGAUAGAUCAUACGAUUUUAUUGAAAGCUAAAAGUAGACUUUAAAGUAAUAAGCAUGUAAAGCACAAAUGUACUUGAAUAUUGCUUUGAGAAGUUAUGUGAUUGGUGAGGAAGCAUACAUACUAUGGAGUCAGUAGUUUGUGGUAUUUUUGGAAGAUUACUUUUAAAGAAUGUGUAAGCUGCAUAUGUAACUGAGGACAUUUUCUAACUUUCAUAUGUCAAAGGAAAGACUGUAAAUAUAAAAUUUCUUCAAAAAGAAGCUCUACAGGGGCUGGAGCGAUAG